UACUUCUGCUAAAGUUGCAGCAGGUUUCUCAUUGGCCAGCUACCUGUUCAACCAGGUACGACCUUCCAAUGGUUGCAGAGAUCGUACCGACGCGGGUUGAGCAGGAAAUCUCGUAGUGCAGUUGAAGCGGACACGUUUCCUCUUCGCCAUAUUUGUUACCAUCAUUUGUUAUUGACGGUUCGAUCGGUUUUGCUGGAAGGGUUGUUGAGUUGAAAAAGUGGAAGAAAUACUCCCAUAUGGAUUGUGAUUAAGGAUUUUGUGAGUGUGAAUCAACGAUGACCACCCCAAUAUGCAGGUGUCGGGUGUUGUACCUGGGGUCGGCAGUUCCGCACAUCACCAAGGAUGGCCUGCAGGGAAUUCAGGAACCGCUCCGGGAUUUGUAUCCGGAACAGGGAUCUUUCUCCGCCAAGGGGAUCGAUUCCUGGUUAAGUGUCUGGAGCAAUGGGAUAUUGAUGGAAAAUGUGGAUGAAUCCAUGAGGCAGGUAACUCGGUUUUUCAAUAUCGAAACCCUUCAUUAUUGUGCUGCUAUUCGGUAUGUAGUUGUUCCGGGAAAUAAUGGGGAAAGGGUCGAGAAAUUUUUGCCUUUGGAUAGCCCCUUUGCUAGAUAUGCUGAUCCCAGUCAUCCUCCUUUAUUUGCCUGCAUUCUCAGACGGACGACUGGGAUUAAGGUUCUUGAAUGUCACGCAUUUAUUUGCAAGAAAGAAGCUGCUGCCAAUGCCUUGGUCAGAUGUUGUUUUCAUUCAUAUGCUGAUAUGAUGCAAGCAAAGCAACUGGAUGAAAAUCCUUAUUACAUGGAAAACAGGCGAUCUCAGUCUUUGUCUGGAUUGAAUACUCUGGAAAAAGUAGAAGUGUGGCGCUCUAAAGGAGAAGGUUCUGCAUUAACUACUGCAUCGAAUGGAACUCAUAAAGGAGGAACAAAUGGAAUAAAACCCAAUCCACCUCCAAGAAACAAUGUCACAAGUAGUCAGGAUGAUGAUAAUUACAAGAUUUGGACUGGAAUUGCUCCUACAGAGAGAGAAAUGCUAUAUGUAGAUGCUACGGGUACAAUGCGAAGUUUAAAAUCAGCAACAGGAACAAUGAGGUCCGCUCAAGCUAAAAUCAGACAGAUGGCAGGAGGCAUUCCAAGACCACCUCCACCCCCAUCCCCAAGUCUUUUCAAUGGAAAGGAACAUAAAAGUAACAAGCCUUCAAAGCCUUCGAAAUCCAAAAGUAAAAAGAAACAGAAAGAACAACAAAUCCUUAUGAAUGGUUCGAGUAGAGUGAUGAAUGGUAUGAGACCCGUUUCAGUGAUGGGCCACUAUGGAUCUAUGCCUCAACCACCUCCUCAAUUACCAUAUCGCAAUUCCGGAUAUUAUACAGAGCGUAGAAUGCCUAAAAACGGCCGUCUUCCCAUACCAGGACAUGAGGAACCAAUUUACAUUUCAAGUAGUCGUCCCCUUAGUCCGGUUUCAACGUACCAGCCUGGAGCAUUUCCUUAUGAACAAUAUUUUAUGCAAUACGGAACAGCUCCAAGAAACAUGCCGUUUCGGGAGGGUCUAGUUCGUGGACGCUCUUACCAAGCAUUACAGCAACAACAUUACUACCAACCUCAAACAUUCCAUGCACCAGCACCCCCAGAAAAACCUUCUUUUAUUGUAGAUGCUCCUGAAGGCAAUGACAAGGGAUCUUCAGAAGAUCAGGAUGGGUCUCCUUUCAAUACAGGGAUAUAUAAAAAGAAAGGACAUCUCAACGAAAGAGCUUUCUCUUAUUCUAUAAGGCAGGAACACCGUUCAAGAUCGAAUAGCUUGGCCAGUCUUCAGUUUUAUUCUAACACUGACUCUUUGAAUAAGGAUGGAGAGGGUCCAGAAAGGUCGAGGGAUGAAGACAGAAAAGAGAGAGAGCUAGCUCAGUUGGUCAGUGGAUUGGACUUAAAUGACAACGGUAUGCCAGGAACAACUUCAAGUCGUAGAGGAGAAUCGAAUUUUAUUAAGAAAAAAUCCGCUGCAUAUCAGAGGUGAAAAUUAUAUUAACGGAAGAACGAUUAGAUCCUGAAGCAUACGAGUAUCAAAAUCUGGUGCUUUUGCCAUAAAGAGAGAAUAUUCGCCAUGAACUGCAAGUCUACAUGUUCUGUGACAUCUAACUUCAGUGACUGUUAUUGAAGCUUAAUCAUUUGUUAAAAAACAAGAGAUAUGAAAUAGGAUACAGUUAUGAAUUACGCUUUGUGUACAACAUUCAGUCAUCGUUUAAAAUUGACUACUUGAAAAAAAUCAAAUGACUAUAUGUUUUACAGAAAGCCAAAUUUGUUUUUUCAAAUUAUUUAUAUUAGAUCACUGGUCUUAUCAAUGUACGAAUCUCUGUUGUGCAUUCUGGUUGGAAUUCAUAACAGAACAUUCACGUGUUGAUGAAUCACCAAACUUGGAAAAAUGCCAAGGUUUUGAACUGAAUUAAUCGAAUGACAUUCGUUCUACCGUAUAUGUUAUUGUUUUGUAUCGUCAGUGUUCGUGUGUGUAAAUGAGUGAUUUUCUUCUUUAUAUUUUCCUGUGCAAAAAGAACGGGUAACCAUGCUCAAAUUUUAACCCCAUACUGGUGAAUGCUCAUACGGUGGAAAUAAAUUAAUAUUGCUGUAAGUUAUGACUAACAUUAGAAUUUUAUGUAAAAUAGUGUGAGAAAAUUUAAACCAUGUUUCAAAUGUUUUUCUAUCUAUUUCUUGAAACUGCUUGAAUAUAUUUUAUUUGCUGUUGAUAAAUUUCAAUAUUUUGUAAACAAUAA